GGUACGUGCAGAGUGAGCGGGGCGCAGUGGUGGAUGUGUCUCUGUGUCUCUGUCCCACUCCGCGUCUCUCCCACAGACACAAACCCCCCUGCGCGUCUCCACAGCCCGGCCCAGGACCUCCAGGGACCCCCAGGGACCCCCAGGGACCUCCGCACGCACCAGGAGGGUUUUUUUGCACGUUUUACGCACGGAUUUUUGACGCAAAGCUGAUAAAUAUUUGUGGAUAGAAGCCGCUCGCGCUCAGCCGUUGGACAUGGAGGACGACUUGAUGUUCGCGAUGGAGGAGGAGGGGAGUAUGAAGAGGCCUCCCGUCCAGAGGAGUUCCCAGAGGUCCUGCUCCUUCACCGACGAGGACGAGGACGACGAAGAGCACGUGAUCAUGCCGCUGUUUCACGACUCGGCUCGAGAAAUCUGUGAAUAUCUGAAGAACCAAGUGUACAGCAGACAACUGUCCAACUCUCUGUCCAACUCUCUGUCCAACUCCCUGCCAAAACAGAACUUCCAGUACAAGCCGGACAUAGAAAACGCAUCUCCUCGAACAUACAGAGUUUUGAGUGAGAAGGCUCGGGCGCACUGGAAACAAGCCAUCGAGAAAGCCCGCGCCCGACCGGACCCGUGGGCGGAGUUUCACCUGGAGGAGAAGGAGACGGAGCCCUGCGUCAGAUACAGAUACAACGCCGUCCGAGGAGAAUGGGCCCACGACGAAGUUCACAUCAAGAUGGCGUCGCAGCCGUUCGGGAAAGGCGCCAUGCGAGAGUGCUUCAGAGCGAAGAAGUUGUCCAAUUUCUCCCACAGCAGUAACUGGAAGUCUGCGUCGAACUACGUGGCGAAGCGUUACAUGGAGACGGUGAACAGGGAGGUGUAUUUCGAGGACGUGAGGCUGCAGAUGGAGGCUAAACUGUGGGGAGAGGAGUACAACAGACACAGGCCUCCCAAACAGGUGGACAUCAUGCAGAUGUGUGUGGUGGAGAUGGUCCACAGACCGGGGAAGCCUCUGUUUCAUCUGGAGCAUUACAUCGAAGGAAAAUACAUCAAAUACAACUCCAACUCUGGAUUUGUGAGAGACGACAACAUCAGACUCACUCCACAGGCGUUCAGUCACUUUACGUUCGAGCGCUCGGGGCAUCAGCUCAUCGUCGUGGACAUCCAGGGCGUGGGCGACCUGUACACAGACCCUCAGAUCCACACGGAGCAGGGCACCGACUUUGGAGACGGAAACUUGGGCGUGCGAGGGAUGGCGCUGUUCUUCCACUCUCAUCUGUGCAAUAAGAUCUGUAAGAGCAUGGGACUCACGCCCUUUGACCUUUCACCUGCGGAGAAGGCCCAGCUCGACUGCACCAACAAACUGCUGAAGUCGGCAGAGACGAUGCUCCGUGGCUGUGAGGAGUUCUGUGGUUCUCCUCGCGUUCGGACGUUCUCCUCCGGCCGCGCUCCUCCUCUUCUCUCUCGUCUUUCCGAAACGUCGUCCGCGGAUGAAACCAUGAGCGACUCCGACUCCAUCCCCUGUUCUCCUCUGGCCCUGCCCUUGUCCAACGGCAGGUCCCCCCUCGGUAUAAGUUUUUCACCUUUCGAGCAUGAAAAAUACAACAACAACAACAACACAGGAGAGCACAGGGAUUCAGAAAGUGGAGGAGACAGUGGAUAUCCGAGCGAGAGGAGGAGUGAAGGAGACGCCAAUGACCAGGGAGACGGGGGCCACCACCGCCAUCACAGACAGUUCUCCGAGUCGGACGACGACAGUGUCAGACGGAGAAAAUCCACCGCUCCCCCCAGAGUCGUGUCUAAUUUAAACCUCCCAGAUUUACACAAUACUCCAGAAAAUGACACGUUGACGGAGGAGAAGUGGAGUUUCUUUCACUCGUCCAGAGCGCACGUCCACAGACCGUCGUGCGUGGCCACGGAGGUGGAGAGGCUCAGCUCGCUCCUGCAGAAGAAGAUCGGACAGUCUGUGCUCGGGAAGGUUCACUUGGCGAUGGUGCGGUACCACGAGGCCGGACGCUUCUGCGAGAAGGACGAGCCGUGGGACCAGGACGCUGCCCUGUUCCACCUGGAGAGGGCAGCACUGUGCGGAGAGCUGGAGGCCAUCAUCGCCCUGGGACUGGCCUACAUGCAACUGCCCCACCACAUCCUGCCCGACAUGCAGAUGGAGGACAGUGCGGGGAACAGAUCCAGGGGUUUCCGGUAUCUGCUCCAGGCGGCUGAGGCGGGAGACCGGAGCUGUAUGAUCACAGUGGCCCGAGCCUUCGACACCGGAUACAACCUCCCCGUGGACAGAAAGCAGGACUGGGAGGAGGCGGUGCACUGGUACGACACGGCUCUGAACAUGAUGGACUUCGACGAGGGCGGAGAGUUUGACGGGACGCAGGACGAGCCUCGGUACCUGCUCCUGUCCCGAGAGGCUGAGAUGUUCCAGGACGGAGGCCACGGGCUGAAGGCCGACCCGCAGAAAGCAGGUGACCUGUUCACUGAAGCGGCAGAAGCUGCUAUGGCCGCCAUGAAAGGACGUUUAGCCAAUCAGUUUUACAUGAGAGCGGAGGAGGCCUGGGCGCUCAUGGAGGAAGAAUGAACCCACAUUUAAGUUUUACCCAAGGGCUGCGUGGAGACCAGGUUACGGUUUACAUAUUUAUACCAUUCUCUUUUAAUUGACCCUUUUAUUUUGAGACCAGCGCUUCGUGAGUGACUUUCCCGCCUCAGAAUGAUCCACAGUUUUCCGGUUCUGAUCCUGGUUUUGUCUGUUUACAUUAAAUCGUUUGAGAGAAUCAAAGAAAUAUUGUUUACUGGUGUUUGCAAAUGUCGAUGUUUUAAUGCUCUUACUGAACAAAGAAUGUACAAAGUCUGAAAAUAAGAAUAAAUACAUUUUAUUGAUAA